AUGGAUGAGGGGAAUUCAAUUAUUUAUGGCUUAGAACAUCAGACAAGAGCCUUGUCGCCGCAAUACGAAAGUGAUGCUAUUCGUUUCUUGAUUGGCACACAGAGCUUGAAACCUCAAUCAAAUCAAGUACACGUAGUUGAACUUGAGGAAGAUACUGGAGCAUUGCAUACUAAGGUAUUUAAACAUGACAUAGGUGAGAUCUGGCAUCUACGUUGCUCUCCACAUGAUGUGGCAACUUUGCUCACAACCCACAAUGCUUAUGAUCCUGAAACUUCACAAUGCACAAUGGGUGUUUCGAUUUUCAAACUGCCAACAGUGGAGGUCAUUCCAAAAGAUCUAGAUGACUUAAGCGCAAUGCAAGGAAGAAAUGCUGAGGAUAUGGAACUUCUUAAAACUAUCACUCCCAAGAAGCCUGAAGAGGAGAUCCGCUGCGCUGAAUGGCAUCCAACAGACGCUAACCGUAUAGGCGUUGUUUACGAGGGUAGUGUGACCGUCCACGACGUGAACACUGGCUCUCCUAUCAGCACCGCCGCACCAGAGGGCAAGUCCAGGCUCAAGUUCACCGGCGGGAAGUGGAAUCCUCAUCAGGGACAUUGCCAGUUUGCGGUCCUUCAAGAUAUGCACAUAAAGUGCUACGACACAAGGAUAGAUUGCAGCAAGCCGUCGUGGUGCAUCGAUAAUGCGCAUAGGCAGCUCGCCAGAGAUUUGGACUUCAAUCCCAAUAGACAGUUCCACCUAGCCAGUGCCGGGGACGACGCUGCGCUCAACAUAUGGGACUACAGGAACGGGAAGGAGCCAAUAUUCAGCAGAGCCGACCACUCGCAUUGGGUUUGGACGGUGAGGUACAACACUUACCACGAGCAGCUGCUGCUGACGGGAAGCUCAGACGCACGGGCGCUGCUCACGGCUGCCGCCAGCGUUUGCGACACCGACGAGGACGGCAAGCGCCUGAGCCAGGUAUUGGAAGACGGAGUUCUGCAAUCAUAUGAACAGCAUGAGGAUUCAGUGUAUUGUGCGGAGUGGAGUGCUGCAGAGCCCUGGACUUUUGCCUCUCUCAGCUAUGAUGCAAGACUAGUACUCUCUAGGGUCCCUCGUCAUUUUAAGUAUAAGAUUUUGCUU